AUGCAAGUUUUUAGGCAUGUCUUAGUUUUAAAAUCAAGUUAUUCUUUUACAUACAGUGAUGCUAACAAUCAAACUCUUACAGGAUGCGAAGCAAGUUCUGAUGCAGAAAUUGUUAUUCCUAAAACUGUCAAAUAUAUAUAUAGUCAAAAUCAAAAUAACUAUGCAUUCAAGAAUUGUAGAACUAUCAAAGCAGUUAGUUUCGAAGAUGAUAGUCAAAUUGUUAGUAUUUCGAAUUAUAGUUUUUAUAACACAGGUCUAAAAACAGCUAAUUUAAGUCAAUGCAAACAAUUAUCAAUACUAAAUGGAUAUUUAUUUUACUAUUGUAAAUACCUAGAAACAGUUAUUCUUCCCCCAAAUAUUUCUUGUAUUGGAAAACAUUGUUUUAGAUUCAAUUAUAAACUUAAAUCACUAGAAUUACCAGAUUCUGUUAAAAUUCUUGAGACAAUGGCAUUUUAUGAUUCAGGUUUAAUUUCCAUAAAUAUUUCACAUAAUUCGAAAUUAGAAAAAGUUGAUACAUACUGCUUUCAAAAAUUAUCUUCAUUAUAUAUUCCUAAAAAUUUGAAUUCAAUGCCCUCAACAGCAAUUGCUGAAUGUCCUUUAGAAAACACAGAAAUUAAUCCAGAAAACCAAUAUUUUAAAUAUGAUUCAAAAUGUCUGUUUUAUGGAAGAACAAAUUCAACCUUACUUAAAGUUCUUCCGACUUAUGCGGACAAUGAACUGAUUGUUCCUAAUUAUGUAACAAAAAUUGGUGAUUAUUGCUUCCAAAGUUUAAGUAUUUCAUCAAUUCAAUUCCAUAAUAAUAUUGAAACCAUCGGAUUUUGUGCUUUUAAUAAUUGUGCUAAUCUAACAAAUAUUUCAAUCCCUGAAAAUGUCACACAUAUUGGACAAUCUGCAUUUGAGAAAAUCACUUACUAA